AGUCAACUAUAUAACCUUUAAAGAUAACUAGCAAUGAAUAGACUAGAGGUUAGAAGCACCAAACAGAUAUUAUACUUCAAAAAACAUUAUAAACAGCAAUAUAGAAUACAUUGCUAAUGAUGUAUGAAAGUCUAUAUGCACAAAAAACAUUUGAUUCUAUAUCAAGAAAAGUGCUUAAACAUAGUUAUUCCAGUAUGGCUUGAGUGUCUGUAACUAUAUCCAACAUUGAUGAAGACAUUGUAAUUUCUAUAAUUGAUUGUAGUAACAUAAAAUAACAAACAUUAGUCAACGGUAUAGAAAACCAUGUUACAGAAGUUGUUACAAAACAAUUAAUACUUUUUGCAUAAGAUAGUUUUGGAUCUCUUAACGUUAGUUCAACUAUUCUCCGCAACGGCAGCACCGUACAGUCUGUUUUACCGAUAAGGUACAAACAGCAAAACAUAUCAUGGCUGAAUAUGGUGGUUUUCUGAUUAACAAUGUUGUCUUGACUUUUAUUGAUACAUUGCGUGAUACAAGAGACAUAUACAAUAAAUAUAAUUAAGGGUGUGAAUCGUUGAGACGACCGUCGACAGAUAUUGUAUAGUAUCAUCUAAUUCUACAGUGUUAUAGUAUAUUCAUUGUAUGUCAUCAAAGAGUGUUUGUUAAAUGUUUGUAGAGGACAUCUUAUUGCUGUGUCACUAGAAGUAAUACUGUUUCACUGCCUUUGAACACAUUAUUACAAAUAAUCGUGGGGUAAUGUAAACACAGUUUACAUUGAAAGUGUAUCUACACUUGUGAAUAUUAAAGUAUCAAUUCGAUGCUCAUGGAUCGUAUCUUUAGGAUACUGUGAUAUGUAAUAAACAGAAUCUCAUGCCAAGUCUACGAAAAAAUCGGAGAAUUGAAACUAGGUGGGGUGUGAAGUAUUACACAGCAGUGAGAAAUGCUGUGUUUUUAACAAAGGCACCACCAUACGUGCCACCAGAACCACCCCCAUCUUUGAGAGAAAAUGUUUCAGACCAUGAAACAUUAUACAUGUGUACACAGUGCAAAGACUGCUUCCACUUUCGAAGCAGUUUGGAUGAUCAUCUUGCACGCAAAAGUUGGAUAUUGGGAUAUUGGUGUGAGCAUUGUUUUAUGACUGUUUGUACACAUAAUUCCACUGUUGGCUUAUUAUGUUCAGAAUGCUCACAAUUGGAUCAUAGUAAACGCGAUUAUUUGCAAAGCAAAGGCUUGAAUAAAAACUAUAAGUAUAGAGCAAUUAGAGUUUUUUAUAAUCAGUGUCAAUUCUUUGCACAUUUGAAAGCCCAUUCUGUAACAUAUGUACACAUGGGUGAUCUAAUGUUAAUGCCAUUACCAGCAACUAUGACUAAUGAUUGGAGUUCUGAAAUGGAUAUAACAUGUGAAGCCUUGAUGGAACAUGCAUUCUUGAUGAAAGUUCAUAUAAUGGAUUGGUUAAAAAGUAAAGGAAUUGAUAAAAAUUGGUGGCAGAUAACUGCUAAUGAAACAGAAGAUAGUGGCGAUCACGUAGUACAUAUUCUUAGAGGUUAUAAAGGUCGAUAUUAUUUUAAACCUUUAGAUAUACCAAUAGAAGAGCAGGUCUCUAUUGUGCAUUCCCGCGACUCAGCAUCCAGCAAUGGCAAUGCGCACCCUGAAAUUCAAAUCAUUGAUUCUUUAGAGAAUACUGACAAGAGAAAAAGUUCACCCUCUGUUGAUACAGCAAUGUCUGUUUCCGAUGAAAGCGCAGUUGAAAAUGAAGACAAUCCUUGUACUGUAAAUGACAUUGCUUUCGUAGAUUGUGGACCUGCAUCGAAAAAUUUUGAACCUGAGAUUUCAGUACAUAAUGGCACAAAGAAACAUACAACAGUUUUCGUGAGAUCUGCUCAAGAUUCUUUUGCAGCUCUUCAGUCUGCUAGAUUGGCAACUAAUCAAUCUAAAACGAUUAACGCGGCAAAUUUGAAUUCCAUUUCAUCUGACGUGAUUAUGUCGUACGGUAAUACUAUGAUAACACCGAAACUCAAUACAAAAGAUUCUACUAAGAGUCCAACCGAUAAACGAUUGUGGAAAAGUAUAGUGCGUAAAUCUGAUAAGGUUGCAAUACCAAUUAAGGUAGUUACUAAAAGCAAUAUAGUAAAAGUAGAUAAAGCUAGCAAGGUAACCUCUACAAGUGUAUUAAACGCAAAUGUAUCGACUAUGACGCAAUCCAGUACUUCUAGUGCAACAAAAACGGGCACGUGCAAGAAUGAGUUAGAUAAAUCGAAACAAAGUGUACAUACGUUAACUGUUAAUUCCGGUCAAAAGAUCGUCACGUUUCAAAGCUCAAAGCAUAUUGAUAUUAAUACAAUUAUUACUCAGUUGCCACCUCAUAUUCUGAACGGUAAGAAGAUUGUUUUUAUAGGACAAGAUUCAAAUAACGUUACUGUUCAUAAUAAACAGGAAUUACCGUCUAAGAAGGUAAUUCAAUUAGUAUCCGAGACAAGCCAUGAAAAUGGCAUGAAAACCUUGCAAGCUAAAAUGGUACCGUUAAAAACGACGGACGAGGUAUCAAACAAAAAUACGGAUAAGGAUAUUUCGAAAAUUCAAAACGAGUCUAAUACAAAACAUGUAUCACUUUUGACGAAUAAAGUCCUGUUCCAGAAUGGGCGAAAGUAUAUCAUUAAACAAUCAUCAGGUACUGAUACAAAUUUGAAGGUCGUGUCUAACAUAAAAAUGCUUCCGAAAGAGACGCAAGGAUCGGUUCAACUGAAAUCUAUGAACGGUAUUCCACCGUUAAUACCUUUAAGUUCCACGGAAUUGGAAAAUAUGCCGACUCCGGAAAGAGUGAAUUCUCUUCAUACUGAUGUCUCACCCUUAACCCCAUCACCGUCACCUUCAGAAUUAUCCAGCAGUUCUAGUUGUGAGAUCCAGUCGAAGAAGUCAAAGACUACGUUAAAAAUCGACACCGCACAUUUGAAAGCUGAAUCUGCUGAUUCUAAAAGUAAGCUACAUACGCGUAUCGCCAGCGAUUCGUUCGAGAAUUUAUCGUUCCACAAAGGCGACGACGAGAACUUGUAUUUACAUAUAAAAUACCACAAUCAGAAACCGAUCUACACCAUCGUCGAUACAACUACGAUGAUCACGAAAUGUAAACACGAUAUGCUGAACGAAUUCUUCCAUUUGUCCCAUUCGGAAUUAAAAAAAAGAUACGAGCAUCUGCAGCAAAUUCACGACGAGAUAUUAAGCGUGAUGGAUUUCGUAGCUGACAACAUAAUCAUGGAAAACUUGAAAGCUGUUACCAUCUUGCGACACGUGCUGAAGCAUUGCAUCGACAAAUGCGGCAAACAGCUCGUCGACACGACCUCCAGCGAUCCACCAUUGAACGAAUGGGAAAACGAAUUGGCGCGAACCGCGGAGAAAUCCCUUUGCAAGUCUUGUAAUAAAAUCACAAAGCCCAAGUUUUACAUUCCAGGCUUUUCGAAGCCUGCGAAGAACGAUGUUUAUUGUUCUUGUUACAGACACGUUUGCGAGAAGUGUCACACCUAUCAAGGCAACUCGACGCGUUUCGUGGCUCAUCAAACGUUUCACGACAAAGAGAAACCGUACCUGUGCCCUGAUUGUUAUCGCAGAUUCAACACGUUCAAAGCGUUGGAAAUCCAUACGUGGAGCAGCUGCUUCCACACUCUGAAGAAGCGUAUCCUCGGUUGCAAGAUUUGCGAGGUAAACGGUUUCCAAGACAUGGAGUCUGUCGCCAGACAUUUCGCUAUCAUGCACAGCCAUAACAAGAUAGCCUGUGACAAGUGUUACAUCGUUUUGCCAUCGUACGCCGAGUACGCGAAACACCGCAAAGCGAAGCACCCGGACGCAGACGAAGAACACCCGAUUAGGCUCGUAUUGUGCAAGCUUGGCCAUUGCAUCGUGCGCUGCGAGGACUACAUGCUCCACAUGGAGAAACAUUUGGUCGUUCAACGUCUGAUAUGGUUCAAGUGCCCGUUCUGCACAUUCGUGAACGUGGAGGCGAAACGGAUAAUGUCUCACCUGCAAAGCGAGCAUCUGUCGCGACUGAAGGAGAUCAUAAGCAGCGACGUACUGUCCAACAUUUUGCCAGACGACGUAGCGUCGAGUUUGCAGAGAAAUCAAAGUUCAGAAAAAUUCACGAACGCUUACGAGACACCUUGCGAAGACGGUACAAUCGUGCCUAAAAUUAUCAACACCAGAACCAUCACGUCCGAGGUGUUCGAGCGCGGUCCUCAAGAAGCGGACGAAUUAUUGGCGACCGUCGACGACUCCCAUCACUCCAGAAUGUUGCCCAAGAUACUCGACGUUAAGUCGAUGGUAGAACAACGGUUUGACAUUCCCCAGAGUUACAAAGGAAUUAUAAAGAAAUAUGGAAAUAAGAAGAAAUCACCUAGCGCGACGAAAGGAAGCGGGAGUCGAAAGGUACAGGCAAACGCUACGACGAAAACGAAACUCGACGACGGCCCCGGUAGCGAGUCGAGCAUCGAAGCUAUUAACGCGGACAUGGACAAGUUGAGCGUUGAUUCCACUUUUAAAUUUAAUAACGAAGAUCAGCAGUCGGGCGCAGAUACGAAUCGGAGCUCAGGGAACAAAGCAUCGACCAGGCAAGCACAGAAACAGAACAGUCCUCAGCACGUGAUGAUGUCGAGACCACCCCCCCUGGCUAGAAUUCCUCAGCACAUCAUCGAGUCGAAUCGAAUCAGGAAACCUGGACCAGCGUCGAAGGGGGGGCGAGUAACGUCGUCGUCUCGUUAUCAAAAAUCGGUCCAGUUCCCUCAGCGGAUCGCUCUGAACGGGCCAAACAAUUCCAAGGAUGUCGUCGACUUUACGUGCCAUUUGUGCGGCGAGCUGAUAAACACGUCCUGGUCCGUGUUGAGUAGUCAUUUCCAGAGAAGACACUUCGGGGAGUGCAAACUGUCGGUAGUUACGUCGAGGUUGCUACGAAUGUCGCCAGAGUUCAUCAACGGUGGCUACAAAGACUUGUUGGCCAGUAAGAAACGCAAGUCGGAGAACGGAUCUUCCAAUGCGAAGAGAAGACGACGCUGGACUCCCAAGAAGUAUCGAGAGGGGAAGAACACAGCCGCUGGUUUAGGUCUGUGCGUGAAGCAGUUGACGGCAGAGGACAGCGAAGGUAAAUUCAGGUGCAAGAAAUGCGAUCAGCGGUGCUCGGAUAUGGCAAACCUGAGGGAGCACAUUGCCAACUAUCACAGGAUCAGAGGACGUUAUUUGAUCUGCUUGGAAUGCGGUGACAACUUCGUGGUCGCGCCCAGUCUGCAGAUGCACCUGAAAGCUUUCCACGGAAUAGAGGAUCCCAUCGCCUACAUGGCCAGUAACACGUCCUACGCCCCUGAGAGCAACGACGAUUUCGAGAUUACCGGAAAGACUAUCGAGGCGAAUCAGUGUCACGUGUGCAUGGCUGUUUUUGAGGACAAAGCCGCGGUGGACAAGCACCUGAGAGUUCACGGGAUGGCGUUCCUGAAUCGAAAGAGGAUAGAAGCACGGAACGCUUUGAAAAGUACUGAGAAGAAAAGCGAAACCGAUGAGGAUAGAAAAUCGUCAUCGGAUAAAUCGAGUCCCAACGAACCUGUUCGAAAGGAUAAGCCGACUAUAACUAUAUUGGACAAAAUCACUGCAACCAUGUAGCUAAUGGAGGCAGCACGAUUGUCGGAGCCAGAGACGGCCUGAAAAUAUCACAUUAGUAGAAUCGAUGAUUCUAUACGCGUGUUAAUAUAUACUUAUCGCAUGCAACCGUGAAAAUCAUCGCAACGAACACGGGUAGACAGUAUUAUUUAUCCCUUUUUAAUCGCAAGGCGAGCGUACAAGUAAUCGGGAAACAAUUUUAUUUUUGAAAGGUAACAUGGAGGAUUAAUGUUUUACGAACUCUAAUUAUUUUGUUCGGCAUGAAUAAAUAGCCAUUUAGAGACAAUUUUGUGGUGCUACUUCUAAAAGUUAGAAGUGUCCUUUUUCCUAUACAAAAUUGUGAGUGUUGUUUAUUUAUUUUUUAUUUAUUUCAUCGAUUACCCCAAUAUUUCGAGGGGUUAAAUCCACGUGAAAUAACAGGCGCUUAUCGUCUACCCGUGUAUUCGUCAGGGACGGGCAAUAAUCUUAUACGAAGAAGAAACAAAUAUGCAUUAUUUUUUUUUGUUCGAUAAAAAUGACCAAUCUGGAAAAGUUUCUCUGAACAAUUAAUUGCAUAUAGUUAGCAAAUAAAAAAUUUUAUGUUUUUGUUCGAUAAUUAUCAUUCGAAUAAAAUUUUGCCCAUCCGUGGUCGUGAAUCCAUGUUACGUGAAAUAGGGAGUUCUAAUAGUUAGUGAUUUCCAGUUUUAAAUACGAACAUGAAUCUGUGAUUUAAAAAAUUUUGUUGUGGCUUUAUAGCGAAAACUAGUAAGAAACCGUUAGUCGUUUUAUGGCAUCGGGGGAAGGGGAGAAUAGAAUUAAUCGCCUGUAACGGAAAUCAAGUUGAAUUUCCGCGAACACUCAGUUUAAUGGGCGAAUCAAUUUCUUUUAGACAACACAUGACACAUAAAUGCCUCUUGUACAUACGUUCAAGUAAUCGUAAACAAAUGUAUAGUUUAUUUCGUUAUAACUGCUUCGUUAAUGUAUAUUCCAAAUAUAUGUCUCUAGUUAUUUUAUAAUA